CGAACGGCGUACAAUUUCCGCCAAAAAGUGUCAAAUGUCAAAAGGUUACGUCACGUCCACAAGGACCUGGAUCUGGUGGGUCAAAAUGGCGGAUUUCUGCAGUGUUGUGCAAGCCAUAAAUGACCUGGUUGUGAGGAUCGAAAGAUUGGAAGAUUCUUGCGAAAUCGGGUCGAUAGUGUUAAGAUUGGAUUAUAUAAAUAGGAUGCUGGUUAAUCUCGAUGUUCCUGAUGACAUUGUGAACGUAAUGAGUGGUCUGUACGAGACUAUUGUGGCCAUUGAAGCAAAUCACAGCACCCAAGCUCGUCAUGGUUAUCAGGGACAGCUGCGUCGUACUGGGGUUCGAGGACGACCUUCGUUUCAAAUACCCCAAGAGCAAUUAUCAUUUCUCUUGGACCAGGGUUUCAAAGUGUCGGAAAUCGGCGUUUUGUUGGGUGUAGGACAGAGGACUGUCGAAAGGAGAAUGUCAGCGUUUGGCUUGAGUGUUUCUGGUACGUUUAGUAACCUGAGUGAUGAAGAACUAGACAACUUGUUGAGAUCUGCAAAACAGUCUCAUCCUAACAUUGGCAUUAGGAUGGCGAAAGGCUUACUACAUAGUAAAGGACAUCGGGUGCAAAGAGAACGGAUCAGACAGUCAUUUUUGAGGACAGAUCCUGUUGGAGUGAUGCAGCGAUGGAGAGAUGCAGUAGGAAGAAGACUUUACAAUGUCCACUCUCCAUUGUCCACUCUCCAUUCUAUUGUUGUUGAUAAAUUUCAGCGUGUUUCCUAUUUUUAGAAAGUCGUUUUUCGGUUGAUAUUAUCAUGCCGAAUGCUGACCUUCUGUUGUCUGGGAGAUCAAAAGGAUCUCUGAUCCAAGGGUAUUCUGCAGUCCAGAAUUUCCCUUUUGCGUCAUAGCUCAGAUUUUUCUCAAUUAAUGCUAACUCCUUUUCUUCCUUGAUUGUGUAGGUGUUGCUACCGAGUGAGCACCUACCGCACUUGUAUCCACCGCAGCGAGGCUUACAUUGUAUCCCGAGAUUCUCCAUGUUGUAGAAGUCUUCGAUUUUUGCCAUCUUGACAUGAUGGCCGUGCAUAGUUCCAAUGAGGGACUUUUCGUUGAUUACCUUGAGAACUGGGUGUGUUCCACCUAAGCAUCGUCCGAAUUGAUUUCUCAAUAAAAGUAGAUGUCCAGAACUUUGUUCCUUUAAAGGAUGGAAGUCUGUGUUCGAACGUAUCGGUGUAUACCAAUAUUCAUAGCCUAUUAAGGUAUCAACCUCUCCGAUGGGCCUUAUUAAUUCGUCCUCGUAUACGUGUUUCAAUAUUUUAGAGACCCCUUUUAUGUCGACUGCUGGUAUGGGGGAGGUUAUCUUGUCGAUUCCGUAAACGUCGAAUACGACUGUUUUGCCCUGCUUGUCAAUAAGUGGGAGCUUGUACUUAAAGGUGUCCACGUUUUCACUUUCUCCGCCUACUUUGAUAAUUGACAGUUGCGUUUUGAUACCCUUGAGGUUUUCAGCUCUUGCUUUUGCGUUUGUGAUAAAACAUAAUGACGCUCCCGUGUCCCACAAGACGUUUGCGAAUCCAUUCUUUGUAGGUAUCUUCUGUAUUUGGAGUGAGCACGUUUCAAUUUCGUUAUUGCAUACACUUGCAGUACCGCCUGCGGAAACAAUGUUAGUUGGCGAUUUUUUGUCCUGUUCUUCUUCAUGUAGUGUUUUGUGGUGAAACCUUUUGCAGUCGUUAACGCCACAUGGUUUCUUGC